AUGCCCAUGUCGAGCGUCAACGAGAAGCUCGCGCGCGCGCGCGAGCAGGAUCUGCGAAGAGCCCGCAACCUCCAGGCCAAGCUGCGUCGCACUCAUGACGGCACUGAUCCGGAUACAGUCGCAGAGCCUGAUGUGCCCGUGCAAAAUGUGGCUUCUGGUGCGGCAUCAUCCUCGUCCAGGGCUGGACUCAUGUAUCUCUCCUCCACCGAACAGGCGCAGCGCGAAAGGGAUCAACGUUCCAGGGAGACGCAACUCAAGCGCCAGGUCGCAGGACCCAUCCCGCCCGAGUCGUGGCGCAGAGACUUUGACCGCCUCACAAUCAAUCGCGGCCUCUUUAUCCCAGGCUCAAACGACAUUUCCACAACAGCCUCGGCCAGCAGCCUCGGAGCGUUUGCGACCAAAGCGCAGCGCAAAGCCAUCGGCACCGUGCUCCGCUCGAUGUACGACAAGUCCAGGCCCCAGCCAACAGCGGCAGGCGUAUCGACCCUGUUUGACAUGACGCUUUGUGUCAUUGCGGAUGCGAUCAAUCGGCCGGCAUCCGGUCAUGCGCACGACAAAGGCAAGCAGCGCCAAGCACGCCCCGAGAUGGACAUCGAGCACAUGCGUGAGGUGCUGUCGUACUUGCCCCGGCGCAUGCAUCAGCGCAUGCUCGCGCUAUACGGUAGUGUCGCCGCCACCGAGUGGCCGCUCGCGGACUGGACGGCACAGGCGCUGACCAGCCAGAUGCAGGUCGAAGAUCAUCCGGCCGAGGGUGACUGGGACGAGGUCGGCCAUUCGCCGCCCAUCGACUUCUCUGCAGCACUCGCACCUGACCUCGACGCCAGCUUCACUGCGCUCGAUCUGUCGUUCUCGAGCAUCUCGACUCGGACGCUGAGCCGGCUGCUCUCGCUGGGCGGCGGCCAAGCAGGCGUUUCUCUGCGCAUGCUCAGCCUGGCCGGGUGGAACAGCCACGCUCACUCGGCACCUGUGCCGCUCGACUCGCCAGGGCUGCUGUCGGUUCUGUCGCAGCUGCCCAACCUCGAGGUGUUGAGUGUAGCGGGCAGCCGGUUCUUUGGCCAUGCGCCCGAGAGGACGGGCAAGGUGGACACGCAGCGCACCGCCGUAUUUCUGCGUCGGCUCAGCCGCAGCCUCACCAAGCUGCGUGUGCUUGAUUUGAGCUUUUGCGCUUGGGUGUGUGCGGAUGCGGUGCAGGGUGUGUCGUGGGCGACGUCCGACGCCGUCGCCUGGCCACGCCUCGAACAUCUGCUGCUCCUGGGCUGCGAGUCGUUUGUCGAAUCGCUCGACGACAUUGCCAACGCAACCAUGCCACAAAAGCCCUCCGAGAGCUACGUUGGCGCCUGGCAUGCAACACACUCGCAGAGAGACAUGCGCGAGAACCCAACGCGACAAGCAUCCGCUGCUCGUGCCGACCUCUUCGACGACGCUCCCACGCCGCCAAGGAUCCCACCGCGAUUGGCCACAUUCAGCCAGCUCACGAGCAACACGGCCAAGCCUAGCAUCGCGACGUACAUCGUGCCACCGCCAGCUGCGGCACGCCAGCAGGGCGCGAUUGGCGAGGUGGUGCAGUGUGUAUCUUGUCCGCACUCGAAGGAGCGCAUCGAAAUGUGGCAGUGGCAACGCGCGCGUGUCCUGGACGCCGUCCACGGGCGAACCUCUCCCAACGCCCGCCAUCGAAACUGGGUCGACGUCUGGUUCUAA